GCUUAGCCAAUGCUAUUCAAUCCAGCCAAUUCUCCAUGGAUCUAGCGGGUUCUCUCUAUCGGCGGCGGAGCUAAGAACAGCUCUUUUUUUCCGAGUUUUCUUAUUUACGUAGCUUUCAAUUCGUCGUACCUCAGUGCUGCUCUGACCAAGCUGUAGAAACAGUUGAUCGUCGUCUCUAACGGUUAGCUGUGCCACCAACCACCCUGUGAAAGUGGUCCUAGCGUGAGUGCCCAACUUGGUCGCAUUCGCCCCAGCAUCGCAUCUGAGCCAAAAUUCGUCCUUUACCCGAUGAAUUUCAACUGAUCUUCAAUUAGAUUAAAGGCUCCAGUAUGCCCAAACACGACCCGUUCAGCCCGAAGGGCAUCGCAAACCGGAUCAAGUCUAAGGGACUCCAGAAACUACGCUGGUACUGCCAGAUGUGUCAGAAGCAAUGCAGAGAUGAGAAUGGCUUCAAGUGUCACACCAUGUCGGAGUCCCAUCAGCGUCAGCUGCUGCUGUUUGCCGAGUGCCCAGGGAGGUACCUUGGCAGCUUCUCAAAUGAGUUUGCUCAGACCUUCCUCGAGCUGCUGAAGAGAAGAUUCGGUACCAAGCGCGUGCAUGCUAACCAGGUGUACCAGGAGUACAUUGCGGACAAGCUUCACCUGCACAUGAACGCCACCAGGUGGCUGACGCUGACGUCGUUCGUCAAGUGGCUCGGCCGAGAGGGCCACUGCACCGUGGACGAGACCGAGAAGGGCUGGUUCAUCACGUACAUAGACCGUGACCCAGAGACAAUCAAGAAGCAGGAGGCCCUUGCCAAGAAGGAGAAGCUGGACCUGGACGAUCAGGACCGCUUGGCCCGGUUCAUCGACAAGCAGAUAGAGCGGGACCGGCAGCGCACAGCGGAGCCUCCCUCGACCGCCGACGCCAACUUGGCGGAGUUCAGGAGGGAAGACGAAGAGGAGAAGGUCGUGUUCAAGCUUGCACCGUCGUCUUCCAAGCAGCCAGAAGACUCAACAAAAAAGGAGGGGCAGCCCAGGUCGAAUCCGCUGGAGAUGACCGCCAAGGCUGACAAGCACAAGGCGGCGCCGAGCGAGUGCGAGGUGCGGCCAAAGAAACAGGCCAAGAAGUCGGCCCUGGACGAGAUCAUGCAGGAGCAGGAGACGAAACGGGAAAAGCUGAACCGCAAACCCUACUGGGUCACGGAGGGCAUUGUGGUCAAGGUGAUGGCUAAAAAGCUGGGGGACAAGUACUACAAGAAGAAGGGAGUGGUCCAGGAUGUUCAGGAGCGCUACGUCGGAGUGGUACGGAUGCUGGACUCCGGAGACGUCCUGAAGGUGGACCAGACCCACCUGGAGACGGUCAUCCCCAACCUGGGUCGCCGGGUGAAGGUGGUGAACGGUGCCUACCGGGGCGAGGAGGCCCUGCUCCUGGAGGUGGACCAGCGAGGGUUCUGCGCCAAGCUCAGGGUGGACGCGGGACCCAUCAGCGGACGCGUGCUGGAACGUGUUGCCUACGAAGACUUCUCGAAGCUCCACGUGCCCUCGUGACAGGAACAACCGCUGUCCGGUGCUGGUGCGGCACAUUUGACCGCCUCUAGACGCUCGGAAUAGGGGAAGAGACAAGUGAUGCUGUCGGUGGAAGUUUCGGUUCACCGACGCUGGUUCAUUUGGUUUGAGAGCUUGGACUCUGCUGUAAAAGCAAAUGAAUGGAUCUGCAGGGGGUAUUCACUGGCGGCCAUAGCUGAGUUCCGAUGGCGAGCGUUCACAAAGCUUUUGCAAUGUGCAUUGCGCACCAUUGAGAUUGCCGAUCUUGGGAACUAAGAGUGUGAGCUUGUUAUGAGCAUGUUUAGUGAACAGUGCACUCAGAUAUGCCAUCCAGUGAAUACCUUCUAUGGACGGUUCACCAGAUUGCCUGGAAAUUGGCCAUAAUAUGUAAAUAUAUAUCAUUGUGAUAAGGCAU